UCCCCCAUCCUCUAUCAACUCGUCCAUUUGGUCGCUUCUCGCCGAAGAAUCGUUGUUUUGCUACUGCGAAGAAGGAAGCAUUGGAAGUGCUCUCGUGCUUUGGAGCUGCUUCACGGAGCGCUUAGCCCCAACCCUAACCCUAAACUCCGAGUCAAAUUCCUCCCGUCGGUCUCCCGCUUUCUCUCUCGCAACCGUCCUUCGGUUUAGCCUCCCUCGCGAAACUGGUACGUUCUGGCUAAUUUGAUUCUAUGCUUUGCGUUUGUGGCCUUCCCGACUGGUUUCGUGUGGCGAAUGUCCGUCCGUUUGGUUGAAUCGUUCGUCGUGUGAUGGUCAGUGUAGUGUCGUCUCUGGUUCGUAACCCUAAUCCUAUUAGCUUUUAGGACGAGAAGGGAAUCUGUUGCUUUUUGGGGGGGUUUGCCGUGGACGAAUUAAGUGUAAGUAGAUUGUUUUCUUGAGUUCUUGGAGCUCUCCGGCUGCGGAAGUUGUUUGUUUAUGCUAUAUUGAAGAGCUGGUUCCUCGAGUAGAUGCCAAUGCGGUGAUGGGCAUGGCUUUAGUCAUUGCUGAUUGUUGAUUGAUAUAUUCGAUAAUUAUUCAGCUUGUAAGUCUACUAGGGUUUGUUGUGCUUAUGGCUGUGGAUUGGGAUUUUAGAACUGAAUCUCAUUCCUGAAACAAUCACAGGGAGUUAUAGUAAGUAGACAUGGUCGGUUCUGAUUCAAGGGUGGUUAGCUUUUCUGGCUUUGCAUGUGUCCUUCUUGCUCUUUAGGACUGGAAACCUGGCACUUCCUUGUGGAUCUGUUUCUAUGUGUUAUUUCCAAGUAUUGGAAGCUCCAAUGGUUACAUAGUAUGCUAGUUUCUAUACGUGACUGGGUUUUGUAUCCCUUUUUACCCCAGAUGGCGACCAAACCACUCACCCAUGAAGAGAUCGCCAAUACAGAGAAGAAACUGGACAUGCCCUUAGAUGACAUCAUUAAAAUGUCGAAGACUUCUACUGCAAAGCCAAACAAGCAACGCAGGGCUCCGAACAAAAACCAGAGGAUGUUUAACAAUUCUGCUCAAGAAAAAGCCUUGAAGGUGCAGAAAUAUAUGGCCUCUAGGCCGUUUGUUCGACAGGGGGCUUUAGCUCAGAGGAGGUCAAAUUUCCAGGGUAACCAUUUUCCUAUAGCAAAAGAUAUUGCACAAAAGGCUGCAGUUGCUCCCCUUCGUAAUAGACCGUUCGAGCGUAAUUUGAUGUCCAAUCCAAACAAAGCAAGGGAGGGGUCUUUCAUGGUAAGGAGGGGUGAAAAUGGUGCUUUCACUGCAAAGCCACCUCAAAGCCAACAGCAGUAUGGGAAUGGAGGCAUGAAGCAGAGGCCACAGACUCUGGAUGCUAUGUUUGCUAAUAUGAAGGAGCAAAGGAUGAGGGCCUUGGUGCAGCAGAACAAUGCUGUGCGACAUAACAAUGGUUUGCAGCAGCAGAACAAUGCUGCACGACCGAACAAUAGUGCGCGGCAGAACAAUGGUGCGCGGCAGAACAAUAACAAUUGGGGACAACGGAACCGGAACACCAGCAGAAUAGGGGUUCCAUGGGCAAGGAAUCAUUUUUCUUGAGCCAGUCAGCUAUUGAAGGAACCCAUCACAACGUUGAGGUGUUCCAUUCUAGUUCUUUUGUACAUGGUUUUCUGACUUUCUCCCCUAUUGACUUGAAUGCUGCGGGAAGUAGAUGAUAAUGCUGUUGUUAGCUGUUUGGUUUGUACUUCUGUCGUCAGGUUCUGUUUUCCAUUUGCUUGUAAACCAUACUCUUUUCUUCUCAGUCCUCUCUAUUCAUUCGAGCUGGAGAUUUGUCAGUUUAGUCCAUGUUUUUCGGCAGUUGAAAGGCCUUUUCCGAAUUCAUACAUCCAUAUUAUGCAUAAAUUGGUAUAUAGUAGUAUACAUGGUAGCUAUUUAAAUAAGUUAUAUUACUCAUUAGUAUUUAAAUAAGUUAUAUUGGUUUUUGGGUAGAAUAUCACUUUGUUUUUAAUAAAAAAAAGAAAAUACAUAAAAACGUAGGGAUAUAGUUGGAAGGAAAAAAAUUCAUAAAGAUUAGUGAUAAUUUGUGUUAUCAAGCAAACAAUAUAAUAUAUAUGAAUUGUUUGUACAGAAAAAUUAAAAUAUAUAUAUAUAUUGUAGACAUACGUGUAUUGUAACUUUUUCAACCAAACUAUCACAUGUAACUUUUUCAACCAAACUAUAACCGAUUUGUCAGUUUAGUUCAUAUAUUUUCAGUGGUUGAAAGGCCUUUUCCGAAUCAUGGCAAAAAUUUUAUCGAUGUAUGUAUAAUAAUAUACAUGUAUAUAAGAAAAUUGGUUGUUUGGUUUUGUGAUACCUAUUGUAGUAUUGAAAUAAUUGAUAUUACCUUUUGGGUGAGAUGUCACAUUUACUCUUUGUUUUAAUAUAAAAAAGAAGAACACAUAAAAAAGUAGGGACAUACUUGGAAGAAAAAAAAUAGUGAUAGUUUGUGUCAUAUCAACCAAACAAUAUAUGAAUUGUUUGUAAAAAAAAUGAUAUAUUGUAGACAAUGUGUGCAUUGUAACUAUUUGAACCAAACUAUAUGCAACAUAUAGUUGGUUGUAGCUCAAUUGGUAGAGUACUCGGAUAUAUGAGCAACAUAUGUUGGUUGAAAUGUCAUUAAAUUAAUAAAAAUAUUUAAUGUCAAGAUUAAUGUCAAGGGGUUGUAGCUCAAUUGAUAGAGUACUCGGAUAGCUCAUGAGAGGUACGGGGUUUGAUUCCUCGCAGCUCCACUUGUUUUUUGUUCACCAUAGGUAAUGGGGUUUGAUUCCUCGCAACACUACUAGUUUUUCUUCUCACUCUAGGCUGCUGCUCCUUACUUUUCGAAGUUCCGCGAUGCUUCUCUUCCAACCAAUACGCGAGAGGUACGGGGUUCAAUUCCUCGCAACUCCACUUGUCUUCUGUUUUCACUCCAGGGUGCCACUCUGAUUUGGGUCUGAUUGUACAUGUUUUAUCCUCCUUUUACCUUGGAUGUUUGAGGCAUUUAUGCUCCGUGAGGUUGGUUUUACGCUAGGUUGUGUCUUAUUUUAGUACGUUUCAGAUUCUAGCAGGUGAAAUCGACCCCAGAGUCGAAAGUUGGACGAAAAGGAGCAAAAACGGGUCAAAGGAUGGAUGCAGCUGACUGAGGAUCACGACAGGAGAAGAGAGUUCACGGUCAGACAGACCGUGAAAAGGGAGCUCACGGUCUCUCUAGAGUCCAACCAGUUCACAGUCACUCAACCGUGAACUGAGCUCUUUGACCGUGAACCGCCAAGCGUCCAGAGCAGCUCUCACGUCUCACUGGAAUCAAGCCAUUUCACGGUCUCUAAGACCGUGAACUCAAGCCAUAAACCGUGAAGAGACUUAAUGAAGCGGUGCGUUUUUG